CGACCGUGACGCAGGCGCUUCCUACCCUCAGGUGCGCUGAUGCGAAGUUGAGCAGAAGUUGAUCGUGUGCGCGGGCGUUACCUCAGGAGCUUUAGACAAACAUUCAUUUGUAUGUCGACAUUGUGUUACGGGACGAUGAAGAAAUGUCAUCCAGGAGAGUAAACACGUUAGGCGUGUUCUCGACACGCAUUUUACACCGUAAACGAAUCGCUUUCUUGCUAAGCUAGCUAGGCUAACUAACGUCCGGUCCGGACCUCAUACUGUUUAGGGCAGCGCGCGGGUGGCAAACAGAGCAUUUAAUGAGCGGUAAACAGAGGAUGUUCAGUCGAAAUCUGGGUGAAUCGGUAUGUUUUUUGUGGAUCCUACACCCCGUUUUGGGAGCUUGAACAGCUGACUGUCGAAAUCUGGAGCCUGUUUGACGUUAGCUAGCGUUGGCGAAGCUGCCCGAGUUGGUCAUGGAGCCGAGGCUGGAGCUCUCAGCAGCGCUUCAGAUUGUCACUGAGACCCGGAGCCCGUCACCGUGAAGACAGAGUUGCGAGGUAAAAGUAAUCAACAUGAAAGCUCUCGGUGCCCGGUCCUCGUUCUACGUGGGCUUUGUAGUGGGCACUUGCACCCUGUAUGUGUUCCUACAUCAGGUGUGGUUCGCUAGAAACUUCUCUCCCCAGCAGCCUGAUGGCCUGGAGAAAACGGCAGAGGAGAUAAAAAUGCUUGAAGAGGAAGAGAAGAACUGGAAGAAAGAGAAAUCAGCACUCUUCAACCUCAACCAUCCACAUCACACAGAUGAGGACAGCACAGUGGCAGACACUCUCUACAAGCAAGUCCGUAUUCUUUGUUGGGUGAUGACUGGUCCCAACAACCUGCAGAAAAAAGCUCGCCAUGUGAAAGCCACAUGGAGCCGUCACUGUAACAUAGUGGUAUUCAUGAGCUCUGUGGAUGAUCCUGACUUUCCUGCAGUGGGCCUUAACACGAAGGAGGGCAGAGACCAGCUGUAUUGGAAAACCAUCCGUGCUUUCCACUAUGCAUUGGAAAAGCACGGUGAUGACGCAGACUGGUUCCUCAAAGCUGAUGACGACACUUACGUGGUAGUGGACAACCUGCGGUGGGUCCUGUCUAAUCACUCCCCAGAUGAGCCUAUUUAUUUCGGCAGACGGUUCAAACCCUACACUAAGCAGGGCUACAUGAGUGGCGGAGCUGGUUACGUGCUGAGCAAAGAGGCUCUGAAGAGGUUUGUGGAAGGUUUUCGCACCAAAGUCUGCACACACACAUCUUCAGUGGAGGACCUUGCUUUAGGGCAGUGUAUGGAGAAGAUGGGAGUGCAAGCAGGUGAUUCUAGAGACACGCUGCACAGAGAAACCUUCCAUCCAUUUGUACCAGAGCAACACCUUACUGGCAAAUUCCCCAAGAGCUUCUGGUACUGGAACUACUGCUAUUACCCCAUUGUAGAGGGCCCUCAGUGUUGUUCAGACCUGGCAGUGUCUUUCCACUAUGUGGAUCCACAACUGAUGUACCUGUUGGAGUACUACACUUAUCACCUACGUGCCUUCGGCUACCGUUAUCGCUAUCAGCCCCCCGAGCCUACAGGCCUUCAGGACUCCAAGUCUUCAGACAGAGGAGCGGAGCAUCCACACAUGGACGAGAAACAGGAAGCAGGCAUUCAAGAAGUGGAGAAGAAAGCCCAUCCACUUGAAAAGAAGCUAUAGCAGCCUGUUGGAAUGUUCUCUAAUUACUUUUGACCUUGGGAGUCAUGGAAUUUUGAAAGUAAUUGGUGUCUUUUUGAAAUGGAUUAGCAUUCCUUGUUUUUCCUUUUUUUCCCCCCAAAUACACUUGAAUCAUGUGCUGAAAAUCUGCUCCUGAACCACAUAGCAGAGGGGUGUGUGUGUGUGUGUGUGUGUGUGUGUGUGUGUGUGUGUGUGCAUGCGAGCUUUAGUGAGAGAUUCUUCAUAAUAUGGUGACCAAGGGUCUUUUACAUUGGGUCAUAUUUGUAUAUGGCUGUGUAAAUGCAAGCACAGACUACUGUUGAAUGAAGGCUUACAGAUUUAUAGUGCCUCCCGCGUAUGUGUGUAUGUGUGUGUGUGGGGUGGUUCAGGUGCGCAUAGGCUUGUCUUUGAUGCCUUAGUGACGUAUGUACAUGCGUCACUUGUGAACAGACUUACAUAUGCCUUGACCAAAUGAACAGCACCUAACUCCAUUUAUUCCUCUGGCUUCUGCUUGGAGGUAAUUUGAACCCGGCUUGUUAAUCUUCUGUCAGACUUGUACGUUAAAGUACAAAUGGUUACCAGACACCUUUACAGGUCUGUUAGUAUCACUUAAGCGUGCAUAUAAGAAGUAUGGAUAAAUCAUUGUUUGACCUCUGUGGCUAGGGAUGUUCCAAACUGACUAUCCGCUGAUGCUGUGUUUGAUCUGAUAUUUGUAUUUGUAAGUAAUGCAACCACACAAUGCACAGGUUAUGUAAAUUUAAAACUACUGUACUUUAGACUGCCAAUUACUUUAAAAUGCUACAGUAAAAUCACAUUGCGCAUAGUGUAACACACCCUGAAUUGAGAAGUGUGUAGUAUUUUGAGCUACACUAACUAAAGUUCUUUGGCCUGUAACCGACUAUCAUCACUCGGCAAUUAAUCAUUAACCGGCAAGCCUAGAAUGAAUGAUGCGCUCCAUCAAAAUAUCAAUUGAAGACCAUAUUGUUUGAGUAAAUUUGAUUGGCUAAGCCUCAUUCAAAGCCUUUGUAAAAUAAUUGAUAUUAUAUGAGCGCAGACACCAAUUGUCAAGUCUGUAUUAAUGCACCAAGAUAUUAAAAAGUGUUCCUUUUAUGGGCUGUGGAAUGAAGUACUGAUAAGUGGGGCCAAAGCUUCAGCAUGUAUAAUAAAAUAAACAGCCCAGAUCAACCCUUAUCACUCACUACUAGUUAAAGUUAAAAUGAGUGUAAAUGACUAUGUCUAGAUUUGGCUCAGUGUAUCUUAGUAGCUCUUGAAAGCUGUUGCUGUCCACUACGUAUUCUCUAAAAUUGUGCAACAGCGUGCAUCACAUUCUCUCAGAGAUCAUGGAUGAAAUAUUUGUCUGCUGUUGAUAUGAUAUAUAAGUGUAGUUGUGCGAUUGUCCUCUCAAAGUGCUCCCAAAUACCACUGUUCUUAGUUGCGUCACUCAUUUUUUAGUACUAUCUAGUGAACCAGUGGUCUAUCGUAUCGUCAUUCAUGCAAUUCAGAAACAUUCCUCAACUUGAAUGUUGAACCCACCUAUUCAAAUAGGAAUUGUUUAUUGGAAAUGCAUUGCUUAAAUUAACGAUUUUUAACCGAUAACAUUGGUUUAUGUGUUGAUUAGUGUUUUUUUGCUUUUUUAAAUCACUUUUAGUUCCUCGCUUCAGACAUUUAACCUGCUUGUUAACAGUGCCUCACUGCCACCAAUCAUAGAAAAUGCCCACUUCUGACAUUUCUGCAACAUUUAGUGUGAAUACUGACGAAGGAAUUUUAUUUUCAAAUUAGCUCAAAUACCAGUUUUUCAGAGUGGGGCGGAACAUCCCUAGUUAUGGUUUCUGUUCGUGUUCUUUUCCCAGUCUGUGUCUGGUCAGUCGUAAGGAUGCCUAAGCCUACUGCAAAGCCUGCUCCUCUCCUCUUUUGUGCGUUUGUAUUGCGGGGGGUGGAUUAGAGAACAAGAGUAGUACAUAGUAACUGUCCCAACCGGUCUCACCAGUCACUUUACUCACCGUUGUAGAUCAGGAAGGCAUGUUGAGCCUUUGUAACUUUAAGAAAAACAAUAUUGAGCACAUUUAAUCCAUGUUAAGCCUUUUGGGGGAAGCAUUUUAUUUACUGCUCUUAUGCUGUUCACCGCCCAGUGUAAAGUCAAGAUGAUGUCGUAACCUCUAUCCUGCUCCUUUGUUUCUACACCUCUGCCACGUGGCAUAGCUAAAUGAAAGCUUACAGGAGAAAGUCCAUGAGGGAAAAUUAGUCUCGUUUCAUGUAUUUUAAAGGAUUAUUUUUCACUGCUCUGAAUUUGCGAUGAUGAUAAUGAGAGAUAAUGGUGAAAAUUGAGAGUUGUGGCCUUUUAAAGUAGAGGCUACUCUGUUUUACAUACUGUGAGUACUGCAGCUUGUGCCUUUUAGAACUCAACCUAUUGCCCACACUUGCACCUUACCAUUAUUGUUAAUGUUUGACAGUGAGCAAUAUUAGUUUGCCGAUUGAUGCUCUACUGGGAGAAAUGUCAACAUGGAAGUUUAAAACAAACAUCUUUUUCUCGUUAACUGACAAACACCUUGCCAAGAAGCUAGCUGAAUAUGAAUCCUGAAUAAUGGUUGCCUUGUGCCUCACCUCUUGGCUUGCUUGACUGUCUGAUAGUCUACCUAUUUGCGUAUGUGCUCAUCCAUGACAUUUCUGUCGACUCUAACGUCCACCACCGUUCAACCACCUUCAGUUGUUUCCGAGUCUGUUUACCUUUUCUCCCUUUUCUUUUAUGAAACCAACGGAAAGGACUGUAAGAUCUUGCUCCGUAAUUGAAGUGUUUACAGUUACUGGUGAGUUCAGAGGCAACAGUGAUGGAGUGUGAUUGAUAAAUGGAAGAAUGUUUUGUCUGUCUGCACUAUAUUACUUUUUAUUAUUUUUCAUUCAAGUAGGGCCAUUCAGAUAUCAAGGCAAAAUGCUACAACAGAAGUUUUGUUUUAAAUACGAAACCACUAAAGUUCUGUGGCCACCUUCCAUGAGGAAGGUCCUCAUUGAAGGAAUGAAGGGGAAAUAAAAGAAUUAGAUGAAAGCUCACACUUAGCUCUUUGAUGUCCAAGCAAAGUAAACUUUAAACUUGAAGUGAUUUUAUAAAUGUAAGCCAAAUCAGCAUAUAUUGUUAUUGUAGCUUAUGAUUAUAUAGUUUCUGGAAGGAAUUUUUCCUACUUUUCUUUCUUUUCAUUCAUAAGAUUUGAAGAUGUUUAUGGCCCAUUUAACACUAUAUAUGAUUUGUGCAUGAAAUGAUCAGCAGCAGAAUAUUGUUUGGGGUGGUAGUGAUCAGUUCCUUCAAGUUGCAUAACACUGUGCAGUGGCACAACCCGUGUGAAUAGACACAUAAGCCAUGCAUACCUGAAUCCUUCCAGCCCUGCAUGACUGAGUCAGUCAAGCUGUGCUGCAGGUGACAGUUUAUUUCAUGAACAAAUAAAUAUUCACUCGUUUGUAGGGUAAAAUCAAAGGGGUGAAUCUAAAUGGCCUUUUUCAGUAAUGUUUAAUGUUACAGGUGCAGCAGAGCUUUCUGAUUGAUGAUGAAAGCCUUUUAUGGGUUGUAGGAAUCUGGGGAGUGUGUGUGUGUGUGGUGUGUGUGGGGUUGGGUUCAGCAAUCCUCGGCCCUCAUCGACACCCUCUGUAUGUGCUUCCCCCUGAGGGAGUUGGGGUGACGUGUGGAGAUUCCUGUUACUCUGAUGACUGAGAAGACUUAGGAGAACAUUGAGACCCACAGUGCUUCUAAUGCCACGCCUGCUUUUUACUCUGAAUUAUCAUGUAUGUGUUUCUUGCUCUCUAAUCCAAAGGUACAGAGGUCCCUUCCUCUCUGAUUUGUGUGUGUAAAAGGGAAUUAUGUAUGGUUAUUUCAGAGCAGUCUUUAUUUAUAGAAUUAAGAAUGACUGGUGUGAACAGUUCAUGGGCGAAAAAGUGAAGUAAAAUGACCAGCAUAUUAAAUAAAGACUUAUUUUACUGUA